AUGAUAUAUUAUAAUCGUAAUAGAUAUAAUAACAAUGGUAAUUCAUUUCAAGGUCAAAGAAGAUUUAAUCGAUCUGUGUCACGAAUAUUUAAUCAAAAUCGACCAAGAAGUCUUUCCAAUGUUCAACAACAACCACAACAACAACAAGGAGAAAAUCGUUCAAAUCAAAGACGUGGUCCGCGACAAAUUAGAUUAAAUGAUUUUCUUCCAGAAGAAUUUCGUGAUCCAUCAGAAAAUACAAGAAAUCCUCCACAAGAUUUUAAUAUAAAUACAGCUGCAACAACUACAUAUACAACAACACCACCUGAUGCAUUACCACAACGUACAAUAUUUGCAAGUGAUAAAAAUGAUAACGAUGAAAAUGAAACUGAUAAUAGUGAGGAUUUAGUUGAAUUUGUAUUAAAUAAUAGAAAUAAAAGUGAAAUAGCAGCUUUACGUGCUAAUAUAUCUGAUUUACAGAUACAAUUGACAACAUAUUGGACAUAUACAACAUCUGAAGCAAUUACACAAAAAUUAGCUCAUACUACAUCAGAAUUAGCAGCCAAUUUAAUAACAGAUAGAAUACGUCAAACAACAACAAAUGUUGGUCAAGCAACAAGUUUUAGUAUUCCAUCUACAGUCACAACAAUAUCCACGAUUAAAAAUCAAACUCGUGAUCCAGUUGAUCGUUUAGAAAAAUAUAUUUUGGAAUAUCUUCAUAAAUGUACUCAGCAUGUCAAAAAAUUAGCUAAAAAUCGUAUACAAUUAGCUAAAGCAUAA